AUGCUCCUCUCACUUGUUACCGUUACUGCAAUCCUCCAGCUGGCGAUAGCCACCAACGUCAGCCCACCGAUCCUCUACGCCCGCCACGCAGCACAGGACGGGUCUCUUGAGAAACGCGCAACCUGCGCAGAUGGCGGGCAGUGUCUUUUGGGCUCGUGCUGCGGCGACGGAUGCGCCUUGAACUGCUGCGCGUUGGAUAAUGGCGGCUUGGGCUGCGGAAUCGCAGAACGGUGCCAGUUCCGCGGGAAUGUGUUUGUCGGUUGUUGUGGGAAUUUCCUCGGGGGCUGCACGGGCGAGGCCACACGAGUCACUGUCCACACGCCUUACUCGACUGUUACACUCGGUGCGGCGACGGAUGCGAGGACUACGAGUACGGCUACUACCACGAGGGAGGAGAUGUUUACGGCGAUUUCGGUUACCCCGACUGCCACUGCCACCGCGACCAGCACCACUACCACAACUACGUCGAGUGAGAGGGAGGGAAGUUCUUCGCAUUCUCAUCGCGUGUCUGCGUCAAGCACGAGUGUAAAGGCAGAAACCACUAGUAGCAGUCAUCGUAGUACCACCACGACAGCGGUGUUCUCGCAGGCUUCGCCGUCGCCGAAUAAUGGCGGCGGAUCUGGUGUGGGUAUGGAAAUGCCUGUUCUCGCUGGGAUGGCUGCGUUGGGUGCUGUUCUGUUGUGA